GCACACGCACACACAUUCCGUGACUUAAAGCUCCUGUGAACCUCCCACACUUCCAGGAGCAGCUCCGCCCUGGGGAAGCCCCACCCUCUCUGGGACCGUCCAUAAAUCUUGGGUGCUCCAGGGCGUAAUCCCAAACUCCUUCUCUAGGGAGUGGAACCCGCAGACUCUUGAGCUUCAGGAUGGUUCAUGCUAAGAUCUGGACCCUGAAGAAGCACUUUGAAGGCAACCCUACAAAUAGUAAUUUUGAGUUGAAGACAGUUGAACUCCCACCCUUAAAAAAUGGAGAGGUCCUGCUGGAAGCUUUGUUCCUUACCGUGGAUCCUUACAUGAGAGUGAUGGCCAAAAGUUUGAAGGAGGGUGAUAAGAUGAUGGGACAGCAAGUGGCCAGAGUUGUGGAAAGUAAAAACUCAGCCUUCCCAACAGGAACCAUUGUAUUGGCGUAUUCGGGCUGGACAACACACUCCAUUUCUGAUGGAAAAGAACUGGAAAAGAUGCCUGCAGAGUGGCCAGACACAUUACCACUGUCUCUGAUGCUGGGAACUGUUGGCAUGACAGGCCUAACAGCCUACUUUGGCUUACUUGACAUCUGUGGUGCAAAGAGUGGAGAAACAGUGCUGGUUAAUGCAGCAGCAGGAGCAGUGGGCUCUGUCGUGGGGCAGAUAGCUAAGCUCAAGGGCUGCAAAGUUGUCGGAGCAGCAGGGUCUGAUGAAAAGGUUGCCUACCUUAAAAAGCUUGGAUUUGAUUUUGCCUUUAACUACAAGACAAUAGAGUCUUUGGAAGAAACUUUGAAGAAAGCUUCUCCUGAUGGUUAUGAUUGUUAUUUUGACAAUGUAGGUGGAGAAUUUUCAAACACUGUUAUCACCCAGAUGAAGAAAUUUGGAAGAGUUGCUAUAUGUGGGGCCAUCUCUACAUAUAACAGAACUCGCCCACUUCCCCCAGGCCCAUCCCCAGAGAUUAUCAUCUAUCAGCAAAUCCGCAUGGAAGGGUUCAUCGUCAUCCGCUGGCAAGGAGAUGUCCGCCAGAAGGCUCUGAAAGACUUGCUGAAAUGGGUCUCCGAGGGUAAAAUCCAGUACAAUGAAUACGUCAUUAAAGGAUUUGACAACAUGCCAGCUGCAUUUAUGGGAAUGCUGAAAGGAGAUAAUUUGGGGAAAACCAUCGUGAAAGCAUGAAAAAAGUGACACAUGGAAUCUAGAAAUCAUUUCAAUGAUUACUUAAUUUCAAGUAAAUUUAAUGGUAAAAUUACUACAUUUUACCAUUUAGUAAAAAUGUAUACUUCCUCCAUUAUCUUAAAAAUAGUGACUGUAAUGAGUCUGAUCUACCUAAUAAAGUACAUUUAAGUAGUA